AUGGAUUUCCUCUCGCGAAAAACAUCAAGGAAGUAUCUUCGGCAUGAAACGGAUUCGACUGGCACAAAGAGAAGCAGUUCGGCUGAGCCUGACCGUACCGAGAUUAAACCCUCGAUCUUUCGUCGAUUGAGUCGGAGAAACAGUGCGAGCAAGAUAGAAAGUCAGAAGAAGCAGCCUGUUAUUGAGCAGAGAGAUCAUGCCUCAAAACAAUCCAGUGUGAGUGACAAAAUUGUACAGCCAGAAAUCGCUGAAUUGCAUCUGGAUCUCAACAAAGAUGAUGAGUCUCACAUGGCACCAAAGCCUCCUGCCGUAAAUAAUUCUUCACCUACCCAUAAUGGACAGCCCGACUCAUCAAUAGGGCAAGCCAUCACAACGACAGGAGAUACAAAAGUUGAUGCUGCGGUCGCUGUGAAAGCUGGGGUUUUAGAACACGAGCAUGGACAUGAUCGCCGAGGAAAUAGCAAGGCUGGUUUGACCAAAGCCGAUGUAGAAGGGCUCUUUUCUGGCGCUCCACAGUUCACUCUCGAAAAGGGACGAAGGGGCCGUUACUUUCCUCAGGCUUUCUUCCCAUGGAACAAUGACCUUGAGACAUCCGAUCUUCAAGAUCGGAGAUACCUGCGGCACGAAAGCUUUGCCUUGUCAACUCUUCAUGCUCAUUUACCAAUACCGGACGAAGUUGACUGGAAGCCGGGCAUGCUGCCACCGGUGCAGAAAAAUGAAAGGCUGGAAACCAAUAAGAGACCCAUGUUCGAGCUUGGAAUCUUUGAGAGGCCUAACAUGCUUGGUUUGGAAGGCCAAGAGCCUGGGACCGUGAGCAUGCGGUAUUUCCUCGAGCGACCCGUUGCGGAUGGUAUCCAAGAUGAAAAUGUAAAGGAGCAUGGCAAAGACGUUGAGCUCGAUCUCGCUCUCUCCCAUGCUCCGGCAAUGGAGGCUUUCAAAAAGCUUGCUAUUGCUAGAGAGAACGAAGAGCUUGAUGCUAAGAUCGGCAAGCAUGCACCAUCCUUAGAUCGGGUCAAGCUCAUACAAGGCGGACCGCACGCUUGGAAAGCUGCCGGUGUCAGAGAUCUCAGUAUGAGCACGAUAGCCGACCGCUUCGAGGUGAUACAGAAGUGGCGAGACUUGGUCGUCAAUGCUGGCUGGCGAACAACUGUCCUUGACCACAUCACCUCCGCUGAACUGCACGUUCACCUGUUUUCUGAGAUACUCUUCCCACCAAGGAAAAUUGGCCAUGAAAUCAAACAUGAGAGUUCGGGUCUCAAAGUUCAGAUCGAAGCAUUAGUCAAAGUGCUCACGACGCCUGGUGCUUGGCUCGACUUGAGCAUACCGGAAGCUAGACUUCGACUCGGAAAGAUCUUGCACAGCAACACCACCCACUACAACAGCGAAACGAGCCACUUUUGUGUUGAGCCAGAGCGGAAAUGGCUCUUCGUCCAGCUGCUACUAUCUGUUGAACUAGUGAUUCGCUUAGAUGCUGCACUACGGCUUGGUGUUGCAAUGCACUCAGAGUCAUUCGAAUUGAACAGUGACGAAAUACAUCAUUUCAACAAGCUCCGCAACCUCAAGGUUGACUGGGACCUCGUCCUUGCAAGGAGGUUUAUAACCUUGAGUGUCAUCAAAAAGAUCGAGAAACCAGGUCACAUCAGUCAACACGCGACAAGACCUGCUCUGCAUGCAAAAUCCCCGGAGCCUCACACAAGCUUCAUAGGGAAGCUUUUCUCCCACAACGACGAGAGCAGGAAGCCCGACACAAAGUACACUUAUGAUUCUUGCGAUGUCACGGCCCUCCCACGUCAACCACAAGUGAUGGUCACUGGUGUGAUACGUUUUGCGAACAAUAUUGGCUGGCCACGCACUCUUGAGAUUCAAGAAAGUUUACGCAAGAAGCUGUGUCAACCAGAAUCAAAGGAGAGAGAUAGGUUUUUAAUGGACGCAGUCUCUUGUGUGGAUAUAGCGGAAAGGGCCAAGAAUGCCCCAGCAGCCAAUAUUACACGACCACUUGGAAAUUUCUACGUGGACUUGGAACCUGCCACCUCAUCAACAGUGGGUGGCUGGCUUUCUCAUAGUUGGCUGUCCGGCUUGAUAUUGCCCGGAAACUCCAUUUGCGAUAUUCUGAUUUCCACGCUACUUGAAAAUGACACCGAUCCAAAUACGAUAGCAAAACUUGACUGUCAUGGAACCCACCCCCUUCGCGGCUCGGGAUUUGUUCUCAAUGGCAGUAGUUGGUGGUCAAAAUCUUGCAUUGUGGGUCGAGUUCUGGCCCCUAUGCAUGGUGCUAAGGAAUCAAUGGGCUGGAUUUCUGCGCCAAAUGUUGUGCCUCUGGAUGACACAAGCAAGAAGCCAUUUCCCGAUCGUUGGGUUAAGGUCAAGACAUUCCCUGUCCCAACUACACGUUCAAGACCAAGGAUAUUUGAUGGCGAAAAGAUCGCGAUUGAAAGCACUCCCCUUGGAAUGGGCAAAGGCGGGAUUCGGGGUGCUGAAUUCAGCAUGGUCACCGAUCAUAUUCUAAAUGAUGAAACGAAGCCCCAACUAGAUGUGAAGGACAUCAGGAUUCACCUAUCGACUAGUGAUGCUACCAGUUCGAGUCCAGAACAUCCAUUGGCAGCAUGGGCAGAGUUCGAGCUGACAUUGACCCCACGCGUCAUCGGAAAAUCAUCUCCCCAAGCCGAAAUUGUCACCAAGAAGGUUCGAUAUGGCCUUGACCGAGCUGUGUACUUCAUCACGUCUUUCCCAUGCCGAUUACCCCACGGACAUGCUACCUUCCCACCUGGCUCCGCAGAUGCGGACUACGAACAACACAGACAACCGCCUAAGCACAAGUCUCAUGAGCACAUUCCCGCCCACCCGCUCCACAAAACAUAUAAGUUCGUGACCAAGACUCUCUCGGAUCUGGUAAAUGGUGACGGUGGCGUGACGGGUGCCGAGCCCCCAAAUCCUUGCCUGAGUCAUGAUUCGGAGGUCUGGGUUGUUGAUGCGAGAUCGCCAGUGAUGCAGAGCAGUCACCAGGAGCGAAGCCACAGUGAGGCAAACUAUCUGUCCAAUUUCUACUCCAAUUCGUCGUCAACCGCUGAAGCUUCCCCAAGUCUCGUGGAGGCCGGAAGUGAGGUCCAAGCAGAAAAGGCGGUGCACAACCAGUUAUGGACGAGGGACAUCCUCGUUCGGAGUUGGUGUGCGGAGAAAGGUCGCAAUGCUUUGAUUGCUCGCGUUGGCCGAACUUGUCUGUCUUGUGCGAUAAGGGAGGCGAAGGCUUUGGAAGUUAGUGUCAUAAUCAGAGUGGGCGUGAUGGAUUGA